UUAGGCAGGUCGGGCUGACAACGCAUCGAAAAGAGCGUACCGUUGUGGCUCAUAAAUGAAGGUUAACUUUGUCGCGAAUCCAGCGAAAACCGUGAACAAGAACGAGGGCGAUGCUUCGGGCGAACUGUCAACAAGAUCUCCGUAUUGGUUUAGAAGUAUCGCGGUGAAUUAGCCAGGGACAAACAUGGAUCGUGUUCCGGCAGACGUGUGUUUUUCUUCGUGGUGAACCUCUCUCUGUCUCACCGGGACAGGGAUCCUCAACCUCGGGAGUGGUGAUAUUCACGCAAGAGAACGCGAAAGAGGAAUAAUGGUUCAAUCGAGCGGAAAGUAAAAUCCAGCCAUCAUCCUGGCGCGUGGCAAACCAGGCCAAAGGCCUGGAUCCUCGUCCUCCUCGUCCUCGUCCACGGAGAGGCUGCAAAGGAUGCCAGGACCGGCUCAGGAGAGGCCUCGUGCGCAACGGCUUACGGACAUCGAGCCUCAGACUGCAAAAGGAUUAGGAUGUAAUCGAACGGACGAUUUCAGUACACCGGUCAGCUCUGGCAGCAACAUGGGCAGUAUAGCACGGUUUCCAAAAUUGGACGAGUGUGCCCACUUUCAUUACGAACACGUUGAACUCAGUUCCUUGGAGGUUACACUUAGCGAAGGUUCGAAUGAUUCAGACAGCUACGCGGUUAGAGUAACAUCUGGAGAUGCAUGCUGGACCCUGCAACGAUCUUAUGAUAAUUUUGUUAUGUUUGACAAGCAAUUGCAUCGCUGCAUAUUCGACAGGAAGUUUUCUUCCUUGACCAAGCUUCCGGAUGCACGGCCAAAAAACACCUGUGAUAUACUGAGGGACUAUUUGAAUAGAUUCUCGCAGUUAAAUCACGAAGGCCUAAAUUGCGGUCCUGUGUUAAAUUGGUUGCAGCUAGAUAAUAGAGGAAGAAGAAUACUUGUGCCAGAGUCAGAUUCAUGCCCUAUUAACACCCCUGCGGUAGCGGCAGCUUACGCAGUGAGACCUUACGUGGCUCAGGCACCGGAUGAGAUCUCCUUUCAGGUUGGGGACAUGAUUUCUGUAAUAGACAUGCCUCCGCCAGGGGAAAGCACAUGGUGGCGCGGAAAGCACGGUUUCGCUGUUGGGUUUUUUCCAGCCGAAUGCGUGGCUGUAAUUGGGGAUAAAGUUCCACGACAUCUGACCGUGUCGACGACCGUCAGAUCGAAACUACCGGUGAAACCAGUGCUCAGGAAGCACGGGAAAUUGAUCGCCUUUUUCAGGUCUUUUAUACUGAAUAGACCGUCCAGGAGGCGAUUGAAGCAGUCUGGAAUCUUGAAGGAGCGUGUAUUUGGUUGUGAUUUAGGGGAACAUCUUUUGAACUCAGGUCAAGAUGUGCCUACUGUUUUAACGUGCUGCGCCGAGUUCAUCGAGAACCAUGGCUUGGUUGAUGGCAUAUACCGUCUAAGCGGCGUGACAUCGAACAUUCAGAGAUUACGAAACGCGUUCGACGAGGAUCGUGUUCCUGCAUUGCAUUCCGAUGAAAGUAUUCUACAAGACAUUCAUUCGGUGGCGUCGCUAUUGAAAAUGUACUUCAGAGAACUACCGAAUCCACUCUGUACAUACCAACUUUAUUCUACUUUCGUUACCGCGGUUCAGGCUAACACCGACGCGGAAAGGUUAAGGCGGAUGAGGGAUACCGUUAGGAAAUUACCACCACCUCACUAUAGAACGUUAGAGUAUCUUAUGCGCCAUCUGGUGAGAGUUGCAGCACGUGGCGCGGAGACAGGUAUGACGCCGCGUAAUGUCGCGAUCGUCUGGGCUCCGAAUCUUUUGAGGUGCAAGGAACUGGAAGUCGGCGGUGUGGCGGCGUUGCAGGGCGUCGGCGUGCAAGCGGUUGUUACGGAGUUUUUAGUCUGUUACGCGGAAUUAAUAUUUGGUGACGGUCCGGUCGGAAGGCCAAAAUCGUUGGCCAUCACAACGUCCGCGAGAUUGCUCAGUUUGGAGGAAGCUCGGAACAGAAGUCUGAGAGGCGAGCCGGAUUACAUAGAAGUGGGCGCUGGCCCAGCCGGAUUACCAUUACAUUACCACACGGUCAUAGAGCUGCCGCGAAAAAGAAACGGCUCGAAGCGUUCACCCUCGUUGAAUUGGAGAGCUUUGUUCAGCAGAGGUGGCUUGGGUGCCAGAGGAAAAUCGAGGCAAGUUGGCACGCCACCUCAAACAGAAACGGUGCCAAGUUCCUUAAACUCUUUACGACGGUUAAGACCCGUGAAAAGUGCUGAUAGUUUGGACGGCGAGGACAGCCUAGGUCCUCUUCUAGGACCUCCGCCAGCCAGACCAUGCGGUCACAGUCGGUCGGUCUCGCACGAUUCGUAUUUCGAUCAUUUGGCGGACGCGCCUAAUGCUGCGUCGCCCUUGGAUCUGUCAGAAAUACAGCUCAACUUUGACUUGGAGGAACGUGAAAUGCGAAUGUUCUCGGAAGAAGAGAGCGGAGGUGUGGCGUCGGUGGAAGCAUCUCCACGACGGCAACGAACGGAGGGAACGCAAAACACUACCGCCACCGGUGGAUCGAAGAGAAAGAGAUCGCGAUUAGAAGAAAGACUGCAAUGCGAUGUGGAGUUGCGCUUCAUCGAUAGUCAAAGUCCUGACCAGGUGAUGGUAUCCGCAGACAUUCACAGCAUGGACACACCAUCCCCCUUACCUACGCCAGGGUAUCUUCCACUGUUAUCAGAAGCUUCGACUCCACUCACACCUGCCACAUUACAUGGAACCCCGCAUUCUGUGUCACCUAUACCAGUCAACAGUCCUAGGAUAAGUUUCCGAAGUUUCACUUUACCGUUAGAGAUCGACGAUGAGCAGGGCAACGCGAACAAACUGAAUAGAACUAGCGUGUCUUCCGAUAAAUCAUCCGACCCUAGUCAUAGAUUAUCCGUAAACUUAGAAGGACAGAAUAACGCUAAAUCUUGCGAGAGGAUAACGUCGUACGAUAAACGCGUAGAUUUGUACGACGCUAAGGAAUCUUCCAACGCUCAGAAGAUUUUAAAGGAAUCGAAUCUAGUAGUAUCGGACGUAGUCGACCAAGAGAUGACACUUUGUGAUAGGCUAGCGUCUCACCUUAGCGAGACAGACUCCACUAAAAUAACAUCUCCGUGCAAGGACGCGGACAGAUCGAGUUCGUGUCCCGUCGAUGAGAGCAAGUCGUCUCGUAGCGACACCAGAGAUCCGUUGGACGUACGGAAACACGAUGCACCGAACAGCAAGUCCGUUAGUUCGCAAAAUGACGACGCCAUAGCUGGGAAUUCAAACGCACAUAGAAACGAAUUGUCGGGAUUGCCGUUAUCCAAUGCAACCGAUCUCGAUUCCCCGAUGUCCUAUGAACAGACCAUUGAAGAUCUACCAGACUCUGGUUUUGUGAUUUGCGAUAGUUCCGACAAGAUGUUCACCAAUACGGAAACGCCGCAAAUGGCUACGAACACCAACGAUUCCGGUGAAUGGGUGAUAGUCGAGAGAACCGGCUCGAUCACAACGCCAACGAGCGAAUCGAGCAGCCCGAAGGAUCCAUUGGAUGGCACCGUGAAUCCGGCGAUAGCUACAGACGCGCCACAAUUAAGAUCGAUAUCGGAGAACGUAUCCAGGACAUCGUUGGAUCUCACAAUGGGCUCGACCGUGGACACAGACACGUCUUGCAUCGGCGUCAGUGACUUGACCGAAAGUCCUGUUCUUCCUCAAGAGUCUGGAGAGAUGACUUUCGACGUGGCCGAUAACAGGGAACUCGGGGAACACGCCAUCACCGCGCAAAGGACAGCCGGGUCUUUCGAUGGCCAAGCGAAUUUCAGGUUGGGCGAUUCCGGGAACAAUUUCUCGAAUAUCGUUCACUCGUCCAUGCACGACCAGGAUAACGGGAAUCAGAAGAUGUGCACUGUCAGUAUAACGGACGUUCGUUUGAAUCAGAAGUCUACGGAAAUGGAUCACGAGGUCACCGCGUAUUACAAUCAGCUGGAUAACGCGAAAACGUUCAACAAGAAUGACAGUUCAACGAAGAAAAAUUUUGGAAACGAAGAAGCUUUCGACAACUCUCAACGUACCUCGAGGAGUCUAGACUUUCAGCAGCAAGAUAUCCGACGUUCCUUGCAGUUGCAUCGGAAACCGCAGUUCCAGAGUGCCGAUUGUCGUUCGUUUACCAACCUGUCGAACAAGUAUCAGGAUCUCGAGUUAUCUCUCGCCAAUGCUGACAAUAAUAAGCAACGUUGUCAAAAUCAGAAGCUAGAAAAGUGCCAAAGCUUCGAGUACGUCUCACCAAAAGAACCGGCUAAGAACAACCAACAGCACAAACAACUUCCAACGUGCACCGAUGAGAACUCUAAAUGCAAUAACGUGAAGACCAUUCAGCGGCAGGAACAAAUCGAGAUGGUGAUCCCGUCAGAGAAUGCGGCGGAACCCAGUGAAAUAGCUCAUCAUCCGGAGGGAGCGUCCGAGACGACGUCAUUGGACUCGUCCUGCUCGUUCUCCAACGCGUCCUCACCAGUGGAUGAUUCGAUCGUUCUCCGUGACACGGCAGCCAUACUGCAAGAAUUAGCGUUGCAAAGAUUAUCAGGUGGUAUGGUGGGCGAUCUGUCCAUUCCUCCAAGAAGAAGGUACGAAGCGGAAAGUAACAGGGAUCGAAGGAGCUUCGACUCUGAGAUCGGAAGAGAAAUAGUUCGCGAACGAAAGAUGCGACAGGAACUGGACACCGCUCGAGGAAAAUCCGAGGAACCACCCGUGAACAAUGCUCAACAUUUGCCACCGUGUUUGAGGGCGCGUCACGCAAGAGCUACUCGAGCGUCGUUGAGUCGAUCACUGGACGAGGCCAAGUUUAAUAAAAUGACCGAGGAGGCAUGCUUGCCCGUGAAACAGGCCACGGAGGAUGCACAGCACAGCUCCACGCCGAACGUUGGGGCUAGUUCGAACAACUCCAGAAAUUCCGAUAAGUCUAAUCUAAAGAACCUCGGUGGCUUAGACCUGGGUGAUCCCCAAUGCAGAGAAAGGAUAGAAAAGUACAAAGAGGAGAGGAGGACGUUCUUGAGGGACAAGUACAGGUCGGAAAGUUUUCGUGGAAUGUUGUCAAAGGCGGAGGACGACGGAGAGCAAGCCCUUUUGACUAGGUUAAAACAAAGAGCCUCUAGGCCCUCCCUUCAUUGAUAUUAACGUAAUAUUUAUGAAAUACUCUAUCGACUUUUCCGCGUAGAUGCCUCUAAUGCGUCGCACGAUGAAUUACAUGUAUAAUUCUAGUAAACUGCUGGCUGCACUAAUCACGUUUAACCCUUUGCUCUCAGAAUCUCUUUUAAGUUAGGGAAGGACAAUAGCGUAUGUUUUGUUCAAUGUAAAAAUACAGUAGUGCAUGGUUGAAUUUCUACAAUUUAUCCCUACUCUUGCCUCACCACUCAGCGUGUCUCGAGUUCAGCGAAGUCUGACCCAACAGAAAAGAAAAGAGAUUUUUUCAAACUUUUUAUUCUCCGUAAUUUUCAUCUGAUCUUUUUUAAAAUGAUGCAUUACAAGAAACUACUUCAAAUUAAAACGUUACACGAUUCAGUAAUAUAGUUCCUGUAUUUUAUUACGUAUUAAACUAAAAUUGUUUAAAAGGUUUUGUAAACACACAUCAUUUUAUAGACACAAAGGAGAAUGAUCUUUAAUAUAAUUUAAACUACUUUAUUCCUUGAUGAAAAAAAUCUUUUAAC